AUGCAGAGAUCGUCACAAGCUCGAAGCCGGUCAUUUUCGUUCCAAAUCCCAAUUUUCAGAAGGCCUGCGGAGCCCAGCAACAGGCAGCCAUUGCGCGAGCGCCGCGGCCGUCAGAGAUCACCUCGUCCCUUUGUGGUCGACUUUCCAGAGGUCGAGGAGCGGACACCGCGCGACGAGCAGCCAGCUUCGCCCCGCAUCCGAUGCAUUUCACCACGGACAGGAAGAUCUCCGAACUCGAGGGACAGGGAGCGAGCAAAUGAUCCUGAUGAUCUAUCCCGCCAGACUCGAUCACGACAGCCGUCACGUGGGCAACGACCUCCCCGGGAACGAACACCAGUUACGGAACGUGAGCCGGAGCAACGGAGGCCACGCCAGGGUCCCAACUGUGUAGUGGAAAUUCACAAUGACCCGGCUGCAGCGCAAGACAGAGAGCGUAGGAGCGCAGAACGUCGGCAAGUUCGUUUCUCCAGCGACGUGGAAUAUGAAAAGAAUGUAAACAGCAUCAGGGCUCGCGACCGUUCUGGAUUCCAUCAAGGAGAGGAUAUCGACGCAAGAGCACCAACCCAUCGAAGCUAUCCCGGCAGCAAUGGUUUUGCCAGAGACGCCGAGAACAUGAGCAAUAGGGCGAGCCAUUCGCGAGAUAGCAGUCCACAUCCACGAGUUCAUUCCCCAUAUCCUGGAAGGGUGAGACAGCAGCAUCAAGAGACCAACCGCCACCGUCCGCGAAUCAUCCAAGAUGGUACCCGUAUCAUCUCAGAAGCAGGCGAGCGCAUUUUGGCAGAGGGCCGGGAUCGACACCAACGCGGGAAUCCACUGCGUGACGUCGAGUUGCGCACUCAUCGAAGAGCAUCUAACGGUAGAUCUGGUCGUUUGCGAUUCUUCCAUUCGCGCGAGGAAAGCAAAGAUGGUCGGCGUCAUAACGAGCGCUGGUUCUGA